CCGCCGAUUAUUGACCUCAAGAAUACCUAAUCCCGCUCCGGUUUUCGGUCGUAACAUUUCACACCUGUUUUCUCUCACUGUUAGAAUUUGGUCGACUAAUUGUUUGUUCCUUGAGAUGAAGCUCUUCCUCUGUUUUGCAGUUUUUGCCUGUUCACAGGCCUUUUUUCUUGACAGUCUUUUUGGAUCAGGCGGAUGUAAAUCGGAUGAUGACUGCUCUUCCGGCGGAUGUUGUAUGACGGACGUUUUCGGCGAUAAAUCUUGUGUACACCAAUACCUUCACUACCUCCAGGAAUGCCGCAUGGACGGACAUGAUCACCACAGUUGUGGAUGCGGAAGCGGUUUGUACUGCGAGAGCUACGCUAAUGUCCACGGGGCGGCUGUCGAGACACAACAUAUGGGCUCCACUAUGUACGGCUUGUGCGAGCACAAAGUUAACCCAACAUAUUACUAAAUACAAUAAAAUUAUCUUAUAAAUCA